AUGGUCUCACUUACACGCGUCGAUAAGCUCGAAUACCUCGUCCUCGUGGACAACAGUAUCGAGCGGCUGUCCAAGUUGCCGCCCGGCUUCUCGCACGAGCUACCCGCCCACCUCGCCCACGCUCACAAGGAUGAGUUGACCGGCUUGCCCGUCACAGCCUUUGAGGACUUUUGCUGUGGUGCCCAUGGGCUGAGUAUCUUGAUUACGACCACAAUCCAAGGCCGCACUCACCAGGUACUGUUCGAUGCGGGGCCCGAAGGUCUGUCCAUCGACCGGAAUGUACAGAGCAUGCGGACCGACCUUACCGCCCUCGACGCCCUGGUCCUCUCCCAUUGGCACCGGGACCACUCUGGAGGAAUCCUCCGUGCCCUCGAAAUGCGGAACGAGCAGGCCGCCGCGGCGGGCAAGGCCAUCCAUCCCGUCAGUGUGGACCUGCAUCCCGACCGGCCUAUCCGCCGCGGUUUAGCCCCAGGACCAAAGUACAUUCCGGUGACAAACUGGCUGCCCGACCCGACCUUUGAAGAGAUGGCGGAACGGAACGGACGUGCAGAUCUACAUGCCGACGCACACGAGAUUACCGUCAAUGGCCCGUCUGGCGUGUUUGUGUCGGGCGAGAUUCCGCGCGUUCACCCCUGGGAGAAGGGGCUCAAGGGCGCCGUGACAUGGAUGGUGGAUAAUGACGGGACGGGCGAGUGGUGUACCGACGAAAAGCUGGCCGAUGAGCGAUACGUUGCCGUCGACGUCAAGGGUAAGGGCCUCGUGCUUUUCUCGGCUUGCUCGCACGCCGGUAUUUGCAAUGUCGUGACGGAUGCCGUCCGCCGUUUCGACCGCCCCGUUUACCAGGUUGUUGGGGGACUACACCUAAUUCCUGUUGAGACUCAGCCCGUUGCGGAGACGGUCGAAUUCCUCGCUACCAAGGUUCACCCGCGGCCCCAGUGGAUCGUCCCCCUCCACUGUACUGGGUUUGCGCCUCGCGCGGCUCUGGCCGAGGCGUUCGGCGACCGAUGUGUGCCCAGCGGCGUGGGGAUCAAGGUGGUCGUGCAAGGAGACGACGCGGCCGAUGCCAAGCUCGACGAUGAGGGCAUGCAGGGCAUCUAG